AUGGCGCCCACAUGUAGACUCUGUCUACACGCCGGCCGCUUCAUCUUGAAGCCCUUCACUCUCCUCCCUCGACUCACCGGCCGACGACUCCUCUUCUCCAUUGCCGCGACGUCCAUACUCUCCGCGAAAUGCCUCCAUCUUUACGCUCACAUCGAAGCUAUGACACCCGGUGACCUCGCGAGAUGGUGGCCUACUUUUUUUGCGCAAGAUUUAGUGAUUUUGCUUCUACUGAGGCUACUUCUUGAUGAUAAGCCUCAAGGCUACGUGAAUAGCAACCGCGCUUUACAACUGAUAGCCGUGACCGUGGCAUCAUUUCUCACCGCUAUCCACCUGGCACUUUCAUCUGUAAACUUGUCGUUCUUCGCACUUGUCGGCUCUGAAAUCCGAUGGCGCAAUAUCAGCGUCGCGACGGACUCUUCUUCUCGGGGCUUGCUUCUCACGGGUCUUUGGGCGGUUGGCCUUGCUUUUGCGGCUGUCAUGCUCACAUCAUGUGUGUUAAUGAGCGUCAACUAUUUCCUCGCUGGGUUCGUCCUCGACUCGAUAAAGGCGCCCUUUUCACUUAUAUUUAGCAAAAUCCCCUGGUGCGGUCGAUUUCAAAAAACAACAGGCUACACCCACCUCCCGAACGAUGAGGAAGGCUUCGACGCAGAGGUCAAGAGCGUCACCUCUGAAUCGAGCCCUCCCAAGGGACGAAAAUGCACCAAGUUCCUCUACGGGGCGACUUGUAUCAUGAUACUCGUCCAGAUGAUAGCGUCGUAUGUGCGACCCAUCGACACGUCCUUCAUUUUCGUGUCCUGGACGCCGAUACUCCUGCCGUUCAUCGACCUCACGCACUCCUCGUCUACGCUCGCGAAGUUGCGGCCCGUGUACAAUGAGAGUCUUAUCCGCAUGUGGGAUGAUCAAACUUCUCUCACAGCGCCGGAGGAGUGGGCAUGGCUGCCGCAGGAGGAUGGCCCGGUGCCCGGAUUUGAAGACUGGUACCAUCACACAGAUCAUUACAACGCCAAACUCGACCCGUUCAAUCAGCCUAAUUUCGAGGACGAUUUGCUCGCUGAGCUUCGUGGUAAACUGGGCCAGGUUGACAUUCGACAUGUUGUGCUCGUCAUGCUUGAGAGUACGCGGAAGGAUGUCUUCCCCCUCAAGAAAGACGGCUACAUAUGGAACACCAUAGCGGCAUCGUGGGAUAACAAAACCAUACCACCAGACGUGCAAGCCAGACUUGCCAACCUCACCACCACGGCGAAUUACCUCACGGGCGAAUACAACGACGGCUUUAACCACAACACCACCCGCCGUCGUGGCGGUAUCAACGUCCACAACAACCACCCCGUCGGCACAUACACCCUCAAAAGCACAAUCGGAGCCCUAUGCGGCACGGCUCCCCUCGUAGCAGACAUGAACGUAGACUACCUGAAUCACUUAUCUCAGCCAUGCCUCCCUCACAUCUUCAAAGCUUUCAACGCGCUAGACCACUCCAAAGAUCAAGCACCCACGGAGCACUACACCCAAUACAGAUGGAACACCUCCUACAUGCUCUCCGUAACAGGAAUAUACGACAAACAAGACGAGCUCAUGUACUCCAUCGGCUACACCCCCGAAGAAUACAUCACCAAAGAAUACCUACAAAGCGAAACCGCGGCGUUCGGCCCCACGCCCUACAGCGAAGUCCGCUGGCAGACGCUAUCAGAGCACGCUCUCGAAGACUACAUCGACGACGCCUUCAGAACCGCCCAGCAGAACAACACGCGCGUCUUCCUCACCCAUCUCACGGGAUCCUCCCACGCCCCCUGGUCGAGCCACCCCGACGGGGAAUACUCCCCCCUCACACCGAAAUCCAAACUCGAAGACCUAUCCAACUACCUCAACGGAAUAGGCUACGUCGACAGCUGGCUCCAAACCAUCCUCGACAUCAUCGACAAGAACGGCGCCACCAACGAAACCCUCCUCGUAUUCGUAGGCGACCACGGGCUCUCGCUGCCCGAAAUCGGCGCCAUAUCACCAUACUACAUCCCCAACAUAGGAGGCUUCCACGUGCCCCUGGUGUUUUCUCACCCUCACUUACCAGCUAUUGACAUCCCCCACACGCCCGUCAACUCGAUCUCGAUUCUCCCAACGAUACUAGACCUUCUCAUCGAGACGGGCUCCCUCUCCCCGUCCGACUCCCAAGCCGCCCGCCACCUCCUCCACAACCAAGAAGGCCUCUCCCUCCUCCGACCGCUAGAGAAAGAAACAACACACUGGCAAUUCACGGUGAUGAGCCCCGGCGGCGCCCAGAUAUCCACCCGCAGCGUCAGGAAUCCGCGGUGGAGGAUCGUCGUUCCCGUGGUGGAGGACAUCGAGUGGCGGUUUACGGAUGUGGAGGCCGAUCCGCAUGAGCUGGAGCACGUUGUCAUGUCGUUUGACUUUGCCAAGUUUUUGGGGAGCGUGGAGAGGGAGUUUGGGCGGGAGGCGGCGAUGUGGGCGGAGGAGGCGGCCUUUGUGACGAGGUGGUGGGUUGAUGAGAAUGCGAAGAGGUGGCGGUAUAGUGGGUGA